GGCAGCGGCGGCGGGAGCGGAGCGGCGGCGCCCGCCGGGGCUGCAUGAUGGCGCCGCCGGGCGCCCCGGCCGUGCCGGGCCCGCUGGCCCUGCUGGACCCCACAGGGCAGUUUGCAAAAAGGAAGAAGACUUCGCUUUGGUUCACAGUCUCUCUGCUGGUGGUGUCUACUUUCAUACUGACCAUAGGGCUGGCAGCGACAACGAGAACAGAAAAUGUUACCGUGGGAGGCUACUACCCAGGCAUCAUUCUUGGCUUUGGAUCUUUCCUAGGGAUUGUUGGCAUCCACCUGGUAGAGAACAGAAGACAAAUGUUGGUAGCCUCCAUCGUAUUUAUCAGCUUUGGCGUGGUAGCAGCAUUCUGUUGUGCAAUAGUUGAUGGAGUGUUUGCAGCACGGCACAUAGAACCCAGACCUUUGUAUAACAGAAGGUGCCAGUUUUAUUCGAGCGGAGUAGGAUUUCUGUAUGAUGCCUACCAGACAGAGGUGACGUGUUAUACCUUAAACAGCAAGUGCCAGCUGAAAGUAAAGAGUAACACGUGCUAUUGCUGUGACCUGUACAACUGUGAGAACUCAGAGCAGUCCUCCAGCUACUACGAAUUUCUCGGUGUGAGCAGCUGCCAGGACGUGGUUCACCUGUACAGGCUGCUGUGGUCCUCCACGGUCCUGAACAUCAUCGGGUUGUUCCUGGGGAUUAUCACGGCAGCCAUUCUCGGGGCCUUUAAAGACAUGGGUCCUUUUGAGGUACCUAUGUCCCAAAUUGCUUUCAGUGCUGCACCUCCUCCUCAGAUCCUGUACAAUCCUGCCCAGCAGAUCCUGACAUAUGCUGGGUUUUGUCCUUCUGCAGCAACUAUUUCUACGUAUCCAUCCUACCCGCUGCCUCUUCAGCCUGCCAGCAAUUUUCCAGGAACAUCAUCUACUGACAUUUCUUUAUCAGAAGAAACUCAGCCUCCUUCUCAGUCCAGCUCCAACUACGGCCUUCCCCCCAAUGCUCCACCCCUCUAUGCACCGACUUACUUUUUGCCUGGAGAAAAGCCUCCACCGUAUGCACCGUAGGGCAAAGAAUGUAUUUUAGGUAGCUGGUGGGCUUCUUUAAGAAACCUUUGGAAACCCUGCGCUGUGCAGGCACUAGACUUACCAAGGAACCCACCACAGAGUGUGUCACGGCCACUCUGCUUUUAGCCACAUCUCACCAAGCAGAGCAGAAACCUGGAGAUGUCAGGGCAGGCACAUCACCAGCAGUGUGACAGGUAACCACCUAGUCUGCCUGCCUGCAGUCAAAUGCAGUAUUGCUUUCUGGCUACCAUGAUUUUUUUUUCCUUCUCCAUAUACUGCAGAGUGAUUUUUCUUCAAGAGGAGAAGUGAAGAAAACGCUCUGGAUACGUGUUCUGCUUUCAUAGACCAGUAUAGGGGGGUUUUAGUCUGUGUUGUCGAGUGGGUAGUCUGGAGCUCUCUGAGUAAAUCACUUUGGGUAGGAAGAGCCUCGGUGUGUGUUUGCUUGUAGUAUUUAUUUAAGAACCCCUUUUUAGUGAAAGAGUUGUACCAAUAAAAAAAAUGUGUGGCAAUUAUUUUGCAAUAAAACUGUGUAUAUUUAUACUGUACCUAAGGCUGUUAAAUUUAUGGGAACAGAAAAAACAAAGAACUGAGGGAAAACUACCUUAUGGAAUAAUUCCCUCAUGUUUCAAACAGAAAGGUUCAUUUUACUGGAUUUUUUUAAAUUUGCACUUCAUGCCAGUCUAGUCUGCAUAGUGAAAUGUCUUGUCAGUGCGCUAAAGGUGCAAUUUCCAGACAGAUGUUUAAUCUGCACUUUAGUGUUGAAAUUAAUUCCUUUCUAGUCAAAAGAGGAUCACAACCAAAACCACUCCCUGUGAACCUCAGUUAUUUAAGUUUAAUAAGGUCUGGUCCAGUAAUUCUGCAACCACUGAAAGAGAGCUGAUGAAGGGUCAGAAUUCUUUCAUAAUUUUUCUCAUUGUACAGAACUGGAAAUACUUUGACAAGGCUAAGCGGCAAUACUUGUAACAGUGCCUUUGACAGGAACAAAGUUGUGUGCACCCCGUCCCCUUGCUGUGCAUCGCAUCGGCUGAGAUCCCUCUUAGAGCAUGGCUUUCAUAUUUAGUGGCAGGAGUGGCUACACAGGCAUGAAAACCCAUCAGAUUACGGCACCACGCCACUGCAUUUUGCUUCUGGAAGAGGGCUGGUGCUGCUGCUUGCUCUGUAGAUCUUACAGUCUAGACAGCAAUGAAGC